AUGACUUUGGCGGCGCUGUCAGCUUGGUCUAAGUAUCAUUCUCAAUUAUACAAGAUUGCUGGAGUAGUACAGGUGACAGGGGAGGUUUCUUUUAAACUCUCUUCACCGAAAGCCAAUUCUUUGGCUAGGGAUAUUGCUCAAAGCGUUACAAAGGACGGACGGUUCACAUGUUAUCUGGCUAAAGGCGGACCAGCGUGGUUGCAUGCACGGAUUGAGGAGGAACGUUGUAGAGGAGAUAUAGGUAAAAAAGUCGCUCUUCAAGUCAAACAUUCGUUUGCUAAUGACUUUUCUCUUCGAGAACCUGUUUUCGUUACCGUCAAUGUGAAAUACAUCUACGAGAGGCGUAUGAUUUUGCCGCCAGCUGUUUCUGUUCCGAGAGGUGCUCCAGCUGAAGUAUUACAGAGAACAUGGCUGAGUGACGGGGGAAUAUUCUUGUAUCCAUUUCGAAGAUACCAAGAAUGGUCAGGAGGAUUAACGGCUCUAAUUGAUUGGAUGGAAUCUUCAAACUCUCAUAUCUUCAAGAUCAACGUUCCUGGUUACAACAAAGAUGACAUAAAAGUGCAGAUCGAAGAAGGGAACGUUUUGAGUAUAAGAGGAGAAGGGUUAAAGAAGGAAGAUAAGAAGAAAGAAGAGGAUUUGGUGUGGCACGUGGCGGAGAGAGAAGCCUUUUCCGGUAAAGGUGAGUUUUUGCGGCGGGUUGAGUUGCCGGAGAAUGUGAAAGUGGACCAAGUUAAAGCUUACGUGGAGAACGGUGUUCGUACUGUUGUUGUUCCCAAGGACACGUCACCCAAGUCGUCCAAGAUUAGGAAUGUUACUAUUACUAGAAAGCUUUGA